CGAUUUCGAUUUCCUUUUCUUUGGUUAAUUUCUGGGUUAUUUCUUGGAUCAGCGAGGUUUUAGGAGAAUAUUCUGCUGGACAGUACUUUGGAUCUACUUUUGGAUACAGAAAAUACAACUUCAUCGAUUUAUUACGUCACAAUAAUCUCCCAACAUCUACAAAACUUGCUUCCAACCACAUCAGAAUGAUCUCUGCUUCUUCUUCCGCACCGCUCUCACCCCCCUCCUCCGACAACGAGGAAGACUCUAACCACCGCAUUGUUCCCGGCCAACAAAUCGACGCCGACGAAGAUCUUCUCAACGAACUGCCCAACGACGUCGAUUCGAUAGAACUCGUCCAGCUUCGGAUCUCAUCGAUCCCCGCCCUCCGUCUCGACCGGUUCACGCGGCUGCAAAGUCUCUGUCUGCGCGAGAAUCUGAUUGAGUUUAUCGAAGGGCUUGAAGGGGUCGGGCCUAGUCUUGUCGAACUUGAUCUGUACGAUAAUGCUAUCGAGCGGAUCGCGAAUCUGGGACCGGAAGGCGAAGAGGACGAGGGCAAGUGGCUUAAUCUCGAGAGCCUUGAUCUGAGCUUCAACCAGAUCAGGAAGAUCAAGCACGUGUCGCACCUGCGGAAUCUGAAGAACCUCUACUUUGUGCAAAACAGGAUCGGCAAGAUCGAGAACCUCGACGGAUUACAGAGUCUUGUGAAUCUCGAGCUGGGCGGGAACCGGCUGCGCGUGCUCGAGAACCUCGAUAGCGUGCCGUCGUUGACGCAGCUGUGGGUCGGCAAGAACAAGAUUACAAAGAUGGCGAAUCUGUCGCCGCUCAAGAAUUUGAAGAUUUUGUCGAUCCAGGCGAAUCGGAUUACAAAGAUAGAAGGGUUAGAAGAUCUCGAAGCACUUGAGGAGCUCUACAUUUCGCACAACGGGUUGACGAAGAUUGAAGGGCUUGAGAAGAACCUGAAUCUGCACAUCCUGGACAUCACGAGCAACGCGAUCGAACACGUCGAAAACCUCUCGCAUUUGCGCAAUCUCGAGGAACUGUGGGCGUCGAGCAACAAGAUCUCGUCGUUUGACGAGAUCGAGGCCGAGUUAAAGGGGGUUGAAUCCCUCGAGACGGUGUACUUUGAGGGAAACCCGAUCCAGAGGGAGAAUCCGUCGACGUACAGGAAUAAGGUGCGACUUGCGCUGGGGCCGGGAUUGAAGCAGAUUGAUGCGUCGAUGAUUACGGAGUCGCAGGCGAAUAUCAGAUAGUGUAGAUUUUCAAUUAUAUUUAAAGCAAUUGUAUCAAAAGUCGAACAAGCAGAA